AUGAAGCGUAUUCGACGUCGCAGCAGCGGGAACACACCAAGUCGUUCGCCUCACUCGUCCCAGGACGACGAACCUGAGCUCUGGCUUGGCGAACAGAGCUGCGGCUUCGGGCCAUCUACCGGGAAUACCAGCGGUGUGAGCGGAUCGCUCAUGGCCAAGAACCGAGGGCUGCUGGAGCCGACGAAGAGUCCGACCCCGAACGUCACGGCGGUGAUGGUCUCCACGAUUACGGUGUCCAAGUCGACGACGAUGGAGUUCUGGAUGACAACGGCGACGCUCGUCGAAGGCGGGAUCGGUCUGUUCAAUUCAGAAACAGACCACAGCUUAGAUGCCGACCACCAAGACGGUCGAGCCGCUGUUGUCGGUCAAAACGCAGAAGCUGUAGCAGAGACCCCGCGAUGCUAA